GGCCAUCAAUCUAGCCAAUUCGACGGAUAGUCGCUGGUGCAAUAUGUCGCUAAAUCUUUUCAAGAGAAAAAUAUCAUCUAAACACAUGAAACUCAAUGGUCUGCCACGGACCGCAUUACCUUCUGACAUCCGAAGGAUGUUGGUAAAGUAUAACAUAACUGAAAACUUCGGAGACAUUCAGCUAGAUUAUGGACGGUUUAUACCAACUGGUAGCGCGUACCUAACAUUCACUGCUCAAAGCGCGCUGCAUCGUGCUUUCAUCGAGCUCAGAAAUGCCUCUCACAUGGGAUUCCCCAUCACCGCCUCCCGAACGCCUGUGCCCAUAGGACCUCCUCCCCGCUCGCGCGGGGACAGAGGUCGUUUGGAAGCAUCACAGCGUGGCGUCAUUAGUGGAGACGGUUAUCGUGCGGGCAUUACGGAGACGGGCAAGAGCGUGGUCGUGUGGGGUAUGCCAGGAAAAAUGACUACGGAUACCAUGCGCUUGUUCUUGCGAGGCUAUAAAUUGGCGCCCGGGGAGGGUCAAAUCACUAAAUUGGACUCGAUCGGGACCCAGCUGACUUCAAGACACUUCGUGCGUCUGAAUUCUAUGUCGGAGGCCUACAGACUGGUACGGAACGUACACAUGACAUUUUUCGAGCCACUCGUAUGGGGCGAUAGGUAUAUCAUUCGGGCGCGAGUAGUGCAUUGA